UAAUUGGAAAAAUUGGAACAGAUAUUGAAGACAAUAAAUGUUCUUGGUGUAUUAAUCAGGCUUUGUUGAUAGCAUCACCUGAACAAUUUAAACUUUUAAGUGAACAUUAUGGUAAAAAAAAUUCUGAAGAUGUUUUAAUUAUUAAACAAAUUUAUAAAGAUUUAAAUAUUGAGAAAUUGUAUAGAGAAUAUGAAGAAGAUUCUCAUACAUUUUUAGUUGGAUUAAUUUCUCAAUUAGAUGAAAAUAUUAUUAAAAAAGAUAUAUUUUUGGAAUAUAUAAAUAAGAUUUAUAAAAGAAACAA